AUGUUUGCUGUGCAAAUCAGUUACGGCUUGGAAUAUCUUAGCCAGAAAGGUUUCGUGCACCGAGAUGUAGCAGCACGUAAUAUAUUGGUGCAUGAUAAGGCAAAUGCAAAAAUUGGUGAUUUUGGUUUAUGUCGAUACAUUUAUCGUGAUAGCGCCAAUUACAAAAGUAAAGGUGGACGAUUGCCAGUGAAAUGGAUGAGUCCAGAAGCUAUCAAACAUUAUGAAUUCACUAUGCAAUCAGAUGUUUGGUCAUUUGGUAUAUUAAUGUUUGAAAUCAUCACACUUGGUGGUUCACCGUAUCCAGGUAUACAACCCGAUGAUAUGUUGGAACAUUUGGAUGCUGGUGGACGAAUGGAUCAACCGGAUAAUUGCCCCAAUAAUUACUAUGAGGUAAUGCGUAGUUGCUGGGCCCAGGAACCGUCAUUAAGACCCGAUUUUGGAACUAUCCGGCAAAAAUUAGCCAGUCAACUGGAAGAUAUUACGGACCAAUAUUCAUAUCUAAAAUUAGACAAUCAACGGGACUAUUAUAAUGUAAUAUAUGACACAGAUGUUUUGAAAGAUACCAAGGAAACGGUAGAGGACGAUUCAACAACUGAAAUGUUUGAAGUUGAAAAGACAAAAAUGAAAGAUGCUCCUUCAACAGAUGUACAGGAAGAUAACAGUGAUAAAACAUCAACACUGCCGUACGGUAAUGGAACUAUUAGGAAUAGAAGUGCUAUCAGUGAUGGCUCAUAGAAAUGGAGUUUUCAUCAGCAACAGAUUGAAUAGUUUGCUGAUGAAAAUUUAAGGAACCCAUUACCGAAUAUUUCUGUUUUCAUUGGUUGGCCGAGGUUGACAAGUAGUCAGAUGUAUGCAACACUUCUUUGAUAAUAUCGACAACCUCAAGGAUAUAAGUGAUACGGAAUUUGAGGCAUUCUUUGAUUUGGGUUGAAAAUAAAAUGAUG